AUGGCGAAAACGUACCCAUUUGAGUUGGACCCGUUUCAAGCAACCUCGAUAGCGUGCUUGGAGCGGCGGGAGUCCGUGCUCGUGGCAGCGCACACGUCGGCGGGAAAGACGGCUGUUGCGGAAUAUGCAAUCGCGAUGGCGUUUCGCGACAAGCAGAGGGUCAUUUACACGUCGCCUCUCAAGGCUCUGAGCAACCAGAAGUAUCGGGAGCUGAGUGAGGAGUUCAGUGACGUCGGUCUAAUGACGGGUGACGUCACCAUCGCCCCCAACGCCGCUUGCAUCGUCAUGACCACCGAGAUCCUCCGAUCCAUGCUUUACCGAGGCUCGGAGGUGCUUCGGGAGGUGGCUUGGGUAAUUUUCGACGAGAUUCACUACAUGCGGGAUCGCGAACGGGGCGUGGUGUGGGAAGAGAGUAUUAUUUUCCUUCCGCCAGAUGUUAAGAUGGUGUUUUUGUCGGCUACGCUGUCGAACGCGCGGGAGUUUGUCGAGUGGAUUACUUAUCUGCAUAAGCAGCCAUGUCACGUGGUGUACACGGAUUACCGGCCGACUCCCUUGCAGCAUUUCGCGUUUCCUUAUGGCGGGGAUGGGCUAGUUUCGCUAAAGCGAACGGCGGCGGAGGCGAUCCCAGAAGCUGCUGGGUUUGCUGGGAGAGGGAAAGGGAGGGGGGGGAGGGGAGGGAGAGGAGGAAGGGGAGGGAGAGGAGGGGAAGGAGGGAGAGGCGCAGGUGGAGGGCCUUCGGAUAUUUACAAGAUAGUGAAGACCUGUUCCGAGCUGGAUUUCCACCCCAUGAUUGUGUUCAGCUUCCGGCGCCGCGAAUGUGAGGCGUACGCCAUGCAGCUGAGCAAGCUGGACUUCAACAGCGAGGAGGAGAGCAAGAUGGUCAAGGAGGUGUUUAACAACGCUAUCUCUGUGCUUCCCACUGAAGAUCAAGACCUGCCAGCUGUGAGGCAGAUGCUUCCCUUGCUGCAGAGGGGCGUGGGAGUGCACCACUCGGGGCUGCUGCCCAUCCUCAAGGAGCUCAUCGAGAUUCUCUUCCAGGAGGGGCUUCUCAAAGUGCUCUUUGCCACUGAAACGUUCGCCAUGGGCCUGAACAUGCCAGCACGCACCGUGGUCUUCACAGCCACGCACAAGUGGGAUGGAGAGGCCAACCGAGCCAUGCACUCGGGGGAGUAUAUCCAGAUGAGCGGUCGGGCAGGGCGGCGAGGGAAGGACAGCAAAGGAAUUGUCAUUGUGAUGGUGAAUGAGGAGAUGACCAUGGAAGCUUGUAAAGAGAUGAUGCUGGGAAAGCCCGCACCCUUGGAGAGCUCCUUCCGCCUGACGUACUACGCACUGCUGAACCUCAUGGCUCGAGCCGAGGGGCAGUUCAAUGCAGAGCAUGUGAUUGCACACUCCUUCCACCAGUUUCAACACGACAGGCAAGUACCAGAGGUGGAGAAGAGGAUCAAGCAGCUACAGGCUGAGGCAGAUGCACUGGAGGCUGGGACUGAGGAUGAGAUCCGCGAGUACCACGCACUACGUCUGUCACUAGCUGAGAAGGAGAGACGGCUGAAAGCAGAGGUGCUGCGUCCUGACAGAUGCCUGCACUUCCUGCAGCCAGGCCGACUGAUCCGAGUGGUGGAUGGCCUAGACGACUGGGGGUGGGGGGUGAUCGUGAACGUGAUGAAGCAGCCCUCUCAAAACAACUCCAAAUCAGCCGUCAUCGCCCCCUCACCCACGGCCACUGCUGCUGCCGCUGCACCGCUCUCCACCACGGCAUACCUGGUGGACACGCUGCUGCUGUGCUCUCCUGUGGUGGACAGUGGAGGAGCGGACGGCUCCACUGCUCAGCUUGUGCCACGCCCGUGCGCCCUAGACGGGAACGGGGAAAUGCAUGUGAUCCCAGUGAAACUCCCAGCAGUGGCGCGCAUAGGGGCGCUCAGAAUCGCCCUGCCCACGGAUCUUCGCCCUAAGGAGGCCCGGCAGGCAGUGCUGGUCACACUGAGGGACGUCACCCAGCGGUUCCCUGAUGGGCUGCCCAUCCUAGACCCUGUGGAGGACAUGGGCAUCACAGACGAGUCGUUUCUGGACCUGGUACAUUCCAUCGACCAGGACGAGAGCAAGCUGGCCAAGCAUCCCCUUUUUAAGGCGGAGAUAGCAGAGCAGAAGCUGGAGGUGCUGAAGAAGCGAGGGCAGCUGCUGGCAGAAGCACAGCGGCUCAAGAUGAAAACCAGGGAGUCCCAGCUUUCUUUGUUCAAAUCCGAGCUCAGGAAUCGCUCCAGGGUACUGAAACGACUGGGCCACAUCGACUCAGAUGGGGUGGUGCAGCUCAAGGGCCGGGCGGCGUGCGUUGUCACGACAGGCGAUGAGCUGCUGGUGACGGAGCUGAUGCUGGAGGGGGCUUUUAAUUCCAUGGACCCGCACCAGUUGGUUGCUGUUGCCAGCUGCUUCUUGCCUUCCGAAAAGUCAAAUGAGGAGCAGCCCGUGGCAGCAGACUUAAAGCCGCAUUACAAUGUUCUGAGGGAAGCAGCGCAGCACAUAGCGCGGGUGCAAAUAGAGGAGAAAAUAGAGGUGGACGAGGAGGAGUACGUGGAUCAAUUCCGGCCGACGCUUAUGAACGUGUUCUACCAGUGGUCCAAGGGCGAGUCGUUCGGCAAGGUCAUUGACAGCACAGAUGUUUUCGAGGGGACGAUCGUGCGCGUGGCUAGACGGCUUGAUGAGCUUUUAAACGAGAUGAAGCUUGCAGCUCAAGCCAUUGGAGAGCAAGCUCUUGUAGAUAAGUUCACAAAGGCUAGCGAGAGCAUUCGCAGAGGCAUUAUGUUUGCCAAUUCGUUGUAUGUUGAGUGA